ACAAAAUAUGAAUUUUUGAAAAUUCUUUGUAGAAAAUAUUGAGUCAUUUCGCUUUGUCUUUUGUAAAUCGAAAUACAAAUUCAAUGGGAAUGAGAAGAUCGGUAUUCCCUUGUCGAUUAAAAAAGUAAGAAAAAAUGAUAAAGGUUCAUUCCUAUCAUCAGAUCCUCUCAAAAAUUAAACAUAAUCUUGUCAGGAAUGAACGGUUACUGCUUCACCAAGUCUUGUCAAGACCUCUUUCUGUCCGUACACAUCAAUUACCACAUCACGCCAGCACCAAACGACAUAUACACAUCAGCGCCCUUUGGUGUGAUGAGAAGAAAGAUCCGCCACCACCAGAGGGUCAGGUUGAUGCCGGCCAGACCAAGGAGGUCAAAGGGGAUGAGAAGGGAAAGACGGGAGGAAAUGGUGGCAAUGGUGGACACUUGAGGUGUCCCAAGUGUGGUAGUCCAUGUACACAUGUUGAAACAUUUGUUUCGUCAACAAGAUUUGUUAAGUGUGACAAAUGUCAUCAUUUCUUUGUUGUGCUCUCUGAUAUUGAUACCAAGAAAUCAUUGAAGGUUGACACAAAACAUCCUUCUCCAGAAACUGAGCCAAAGAUGGAUAAACAAAAGAAAUUACCUCCUCCAAGAAAAAUUUUUGACUUUCUCAACAACUAUGUCAUUGGUCAAGAGCAAGCGAAGAAAGUGCUUUCUGUUGCUGUUUACAAUCACUACAAACGAUUAUCAGUCAAUGUUUCUGAUGAUUCUGCACAAGCACAGCAGAAUACUCCCCAGCGACCUGCUAUAAUUGUUUCACCUGCGCAACCUUCGAACCCCCCAAGAGAGCUUCUUCAAAUGGCCAUAAAUAUGCAUCACAACUCUCCACUUGGAGCAAACAAGGUUGAAUCUACCAAGCAAACAGCAGAGGAUUCACGUGGAAGUGAAGCUUUAGAUAGUAAAAGUGAAAAAGUGAAGCUGGACAAGAGCAACAUAUUGAUGCUUGGACCAACUGGAUCAGGUAAAACUCUUCUGGCGCAAACCAUCGCAAAAUGUCUGGAUGUUCCAUUCGCGAUCUGCGACUGCACGACACUGACUCAAGCAGGUUAUGUUGGUGAAGAUAUUGAGUCAGUCAUCGCAAAGUUGUUGCAGGAAGCAAAUUUCAACGUAGAACGAGCCCAACAAGGGAUUGUUUUCCUCGACGAAGUGGAUAAAAUCAGUUGUGUUCCAGGAUUUCAUCAGCUCCGUGACGUGGGAGGCGAGGGAGUGCAACAGGGUUUGUUGAAGAUUCUCGAAGGGACGGUCGUAAAUGUCCCGGAACGAAAUUCACGUAAGAUGCGAGGCGAGACGAUCGCUGUGGACACAACAAAUAUUUUAUUUAUUGCGUCCGGUGCUUUUAAUGGCCUGGACAAAAUUGUAAGCAGAAGAAAGCAAGAUAAGGUGAUGGGUUUUCAAAUGCAGCCAACUGGCCCAGCACCUGUGAUCAAAGGCGACGCGAUGGACAUAUUUAAUUACAAAAUUAGUGCAGAGAGCGAAAGUGCUGAAAAAGAUUCAUUGCUUUACGAAGUUGAAGCGGGAGAUUUGAUAAAGUUUGGAAUGAUUCCAGAAUUUGUUGGUCGUAUGCCGAUUACCGUGAGUUUACAAUCACUCUCGCGAGAUAUGCUCGUCAGAAUAUUGCAAGAACCAAGGAAUGCAUUGGUGCCGCAGUUUCAGACAUUGUUUCAUAUGGAUAAGGUUGAGCUGGAUAUCACACAAGAGGCGUUAGGACUGAUUGCUCAACAAGCACUUGAGAGAAAUACUGGUGCAAGAGGACUGAGGUCUAUUAUGGAAAAGUUACUUCUUGAGCCGAUGUUCGACGUCCCGGAAUCAAAAAUCAACUAUGUCUGUGUUGACGAGGACGUGGUGAAGGGAACGAAAUCUGCCAUCUAUAGAACUUUGCAAAAAAAUAGCGAUGAAAAUUGUGAAGAAAACAAUGUUGAGGAAGAUUCUGAAUCUUUUCCUAAAGACGCUACGUCAAGCGGAUGAUUGAGAGCUGUCGCGGGUGCUGAUAUGAAACUAUAUUUUAGUCGUUCGUGUAAAAAUAUCGCUUUAUGUAUGAAUAGGUAAUAAUGUAAGAAUUUUGAAAUGAAUUUUUAGAUUUAAAUAUAGAAUGUUGUGUUCCCUGUCGGAGUAAAU